AUGAAUGUUCUACUUCUGUCUUUGCUUGUUGUACAAAAUAUAGUAACAUAUUUAGAACAAAUAAAAAAUGGUAUAAGCGGUCAUUAUACAGAAGAUCAUAAUAUUAAGAAUAAUAAUUGUAUUAGCUUUUCUGAUUAUGAGAGAUCAAUAAAAAACUUUUCUAUUUCUUCUCAUGCAGAAAAUAAUUAUGAUAAUAUAAUAAAUGAAUAUAAAAAAAUAAAAGAUAUUAACAACAAUAUAAACAUAUUAUCAUCAGUACAUAGAAAAGGAAGAAUAUUGUACGACAGCUUUUUAGAAAUAAAUAAGUUGGAAAAUGACAAAAAAGAGAAACAUGAAAAAGAAGAUGAAUAUGAAGAUAAUGAUGAAAGCUUUUUAGAAACUGAAGAAUAUGAAGAUAAUGAAGAUGAAAAAUAUAACAAAGAUGAAGAUGAUUAUGCAGAAAGUUUUAUUGAGACUGAUGAAUAUGAAGAUAAUGAAGAUGAUAAAUAUAAUAAAGAUGAAGAUGAUUAUUCAGAAAGCUUUAUUGAGACUGAUGAAUAUGAUGAUAAUGAAGAAGAACAAUAUAAUAAAGAUGAAGAUGAUUAUACAGAUAGUUUUAUUGAGACAGACCAUUAUGAAAAUAACGAUGAUAAAAAUGAAGAAGAAGAAGAAUAUAAUGAUCAAGAUAAUGAUUAUGGAUAUAACUUUUUAGAAACUGACGAAUACGAUGAUAGCGAAGAAUAUGAUUACGACGAUAAGGAAUACGGAGAGAGUUUCCUCGAAAAAGAAGAAGGUGAAGAAAUGAAAGAUGAAGAGAUGAAAGAUGAAGAAAUGAAAGAUGUAGAAAUGAAAGAUGAAGAGAUGAAAGAUGAAGAGAUGAAAUAUGACGAGAUGAAAAAUGAAGAGAUGAAAUAUGACGAGAUGAAAGAUGAAGUGAUGAAAGAUGAAGAGAUGAAAGAUGAAGUGAUGAAAGAUGAAGAGAUGAAAGACGAACAAAUGAAAUAUGAAGAAUUCAAAAAUGAAGAAUCCAAAAAUGAAGAAUCCAAAAAUGAAGAAUCCAAAAAUGAAGAAUCCAAAAAUGAAGAAUUCAAAAAUGAAGAAUCCAAAAAUGAAGAAUUUAAAAAUGAAGAAUUCAAAAAUGAAGAUAUGUCUUAUGAUGAAUACAUGGGAUAUAAAAAGAAAGAAGAAGAUGAAUCAUAUAAUACAUUCAAUGGUACUAAGAAAAAUAACACAUCCAACAGCUUCCUCGAAAAAGAUUUACAAGGAGAUUCUGACGAUGAAUUACAUAGUACCUUUUAUUCCAAAAAUGUAGAUAAAGAAAAUUAUGAUGAUAAAAAUAUUUUCUAUGGUUAUAGUGAUAAUGAUGAUGAAAGCUUUUUAGAAACUGAUUCUUAUGAAGAAUAUGAAGACGAAGAUAAAGAUGUUGAAGAUGAGUAUGAAGAAAGUUUCUUACAAAAUGAUGAGAAAAAAAUGGUCUUUUAUGAUUUAUACAAGCCAGAAGAAAAUGAAUCUUAUUAUGAAAAGAAACAAAAGAAAGAAGAAAAAGAAGAGAAAGAAGAGAAAGAACAAAGUUUGAACAAACAAAACGAUAUGGAAGACCAAGAAGAUAAUGAAGAAUAUAAAUUUGAAGAAGAAAAUAAAGAAGACCUUCUAGAUGUCCAACAAGAUGAAGAAUUACCAAGUGAAGGAAAACAAAAAGUAAAAGGAAAAUCAUUCGAUAAUGAACAUUUGAAUGAAAUACAAAAUGUUAGCGACGUACAUGCAUUUAUACAAAAAGAUAUGAAAUAUUUAGAUGAUCUCAUAGAUGAAGAGCAAACUAUUAAAGAUGCCGUCAAAAAAAGUGCUUAUAAAGGAAAUAAGAAAUUAGGAAAUAAUAAAAAAUCACAAAUGAUACUGGAAGAAGAACCAGAAGAAAAUUUUGAAGAAGAUGCUGAUGAAGAAUUAAAUAAACUAAUGGAACAAGAAAAAAAUAUUGUAGAUAAAGAAAUCAAAAAUAGUAAAGCAAAUAAAAGCAACAAAAAAUUACAAUUCAAUAACACUAAUAAACAAAACAAAAUGUAUAUGAAAAACGAAUAUAAUAAUAAGACAAAAAAUAAUAAAAACAAUAAAUUUGAACAACAAAAUUAUGAUGAAUCAUAUAUGGAUGAUGAUUAUGAACAAAAUGAAGAAUUUAAUGAUAAUAAUCAAAGCGAAGAUAUGAAAGAAACAAAUGAACUCGAUAAAAUUAAUGAUGAACUAUUAACUGAUCAAGGACCAAACGAAGAUACAUUAUUAGAAAAUAAUAAUAAAAUUUUCGAUAAUAAAUUUGUAGCACAUAAAAAAAGAGAAAAAAGUAUAUCCCCACACAGUUACCAAAAGGUAUCUACCAAAGUACAAAAUAAGGAAGACAUGGAAAAUAAGGAAGAGAAACAAUUGAUAAAUGAUGAAGCCGCUAUGACUGCUGAAGAAUUAGUCGAAUUAGAAAACACAGAAGAUGUGAAUACACCUACAAUGGUAGAAACAGAAGAAAUUGAUUCUGAUGAAAAUGGAAAUAAGUCAAGCAGUUCAAUAUCAUACAUUAGUUCUAUAGUAUUCCUUAUGGUCACCCUUUUAUAUUUUAUGAAUUAA